GGUUAUUUUUAAACGUGGGGAGGAAGUAUUUAUUGUUCCCGGGCCGAGGAGAGCUGGGCAGCCUGUAGGAUUCUCCUGGGGAGCAGUGCUGUGUCCGUCCCACCAUGGCACCUAAGAAAGCCAAGAAGAGAGCAGAAGGCGCCAAUUCCAACGUGUUCUCUAUGUUUGAACAGACCCAGAUCCAGGAAUUUAAGGAGGCCUUCACCAUCAUGGACCAGAACAGAGACGGUUUCAUCGACAAGAAUGAUUUGAGGGACACCUUUGCGGCCCUUGGGCGCGUGAACGUGAAAAAUGAGGAAAUUGACGAAAUGCUCAAGGAAGCUCCAGGUCCGAUUAACUUUACUGUGUUCCUAACGAUGUUUGGGGAGAAACUUAAGGGAGCAGACCCCGAGGAGACCAUACUCAACGCGUUCAAGGUGUUUGACCCUGAAGGCAAAGGGGUGCUCAAGGCUGAUUACGUUCGGGACAUGCUGACCACGCAGGCAGAGAGAUUUUCCAAAGAGGAGAUUGACCAGAUGUUCGCAGCCUUCCCCCCCGAUGUGACUGGCAAUUUGGACUAUAAGAACCUGGUCCACAUCAUCACCCACGGAGAAGAGAAGGACUGAGGGCCUCAUCACCCAACCCCGGGCUUGUCUUUGGCAGGAGGUGGUCCCCGCCUCCUCCCACCUUGCCCAGUAAUGCCGCCAUCCCUGCUCCUGGCCUGUUAGCCGCGGGGCUGCCUCGUUAUCCACCUCUGUCUUCUUUGCAACCUCAGUAGUUGCAAGAUACUCCUAGGCCGCACAUCCUGCAGAUGGAAAUCCAUCCAGGAGCUGUGUGCCAAUAAACAGGAGGUUGUGUAUUUG